AAAAAUCAACAAAAAUAUACACAACGUAUAUAAAUAUUUGUUAUAAAAUUAAUUUAGAGUUCAAUUUAAUAAGCAUGUCCGGCUAUAGCGGCAACAUGUGCGCUCAGCGUGAACACAUUAAUAUCUUUGUGCCCGAGCUCAAUCAUUUUCCCGAGCUGCGUUUGCUUAGUGACAAGAAGGGCUACAAAGCUGCCAGCUGCAGUUUGUGGCGGAUGAUGGCGGAGGAUGAUAAGUUGCCGGCGGUACCUGCACUGGCGAACGAAUUGUCUGCCGCUGUUUGCGAGCAAUCGCUGAAGCAGAGCAAGGACCACAAGGACACGGCCGUUGGCUGGGGGCGUUCCAUUUAUAUUGUCGAUAGCCAGGGUACGGUGCUGGAGCAUGUGCGUUAUCAGGGAAAGGAUUAUCGUCGCGCCUUGCGCGCUGCGGUCGCCCUCAAAGCCAAGCAAAUUUAAUCGAAAACCUUGCAGUCCACCAGUCACUGCCCCAGUCCACGCACCACUCACCACACACCAAACACCACUCGCAUUGUUGCAAAAUUCUGGCAUAAUUAUAAACAUACAUACAUGUUAAAUGAAUGAGUCCAAAUUUGAAGUAGCUCUAGACAAUAUAUAAGCAAAAUAAAUCGAUAUCUAAAAAUGCAUUCGAAAAAAGGCUACAACAAAUAAACUAU